UUCGAGGUGAGCCGGGGCUGUCGGGACGGCCGUGCCGUUAGUAUCGUUUGGUAUCGUUGCCGUUGCGACUGGAACGGCGGUGGUGUCAUGUGCAUCGCGGCGGAGCGCGCAUCCUGAAGGACGGCCAAGGUAUCGCGGAUAUCACGCACCGCAGGUAUCCGGGGGGCCAGUUCGAGUCCUCCUCCUUCCCCCUCCCCCCGACUCCCUUUCUCGCAACCCUGCCGCGGUGCUUCCGCGGGAAGCCGCGCGCGUCUCCCCCGCGUUCUCCAAAAUCCGCCGAAGCGUGGUCCAGCUCUCCUCCUUCGCGGUGCGCUCUUCGUGGCGCGGCCUUCCCUUCCUCGUACGCGCUGAUGCCCGCGUACAGUCGGUGGCAGUAACCAGCGGUGAGUGCGAGGUGAAGCUAACGGAAGAAAGACGGGAGAGAGAGAGAGAGAGAGAGAGAGAGAGAGAAGGAGAAGACCAAGGGGGCACUCGACGACCAAGAGGAUAGAGAGAGAAAGAAAGAGAGAAGGUAACCGAAGAUAAAAUAGCAAGAUGCCGUGCUCCGCGGUGACGCUGUCCCUUGCCACCAUAACCGGUAUAAUCGCCACUGCCCUCCUGGCGAUCGCCUUCUCCACGGACAACUGGCUCUACACCGAGGUCAAGCGCGCCCAGAUCCAGCAAUACGCGAGCAAGCAUGCCGAGCAGAGCCAUUUGGUGGAGCAAAUGAAUACCAAGUACUAUUAUUACACGAGGACUCAGGGUCUAUUUAGGAUAUGCUAUCCCAAAGAGAGGCCACCAACGGUCGAGACUUAUCUGAGCCCCGUGGAAACGCAUUGUAUGAAUAUCGAUUAUUUCAUUCCCGAUGAGGAAAAUCAAACAAGAGGCUUCUCCGACGACGCGAUGGCACGAUUACAUAUGGGGCGAUCAGUGAUAGCACUGUUCAUGGUCGGUUUCCUCGCGAUAUUUUCGGCAUUCUGGACGGGAGUAGUGGGCUGCUGGAGAAGAUCACCGGGGAACAUCACGGCCACGGCAAUCCUAAUGUUAUUCGCCUGCUUACUGAGUGCUGGCGGUAUGGGCCUUUGGCACGGCGUCGAGUAUUAUGAAAAAGAGAAGAUCGUCGGAGAGGAAUAUUAUCAACAAUGGAGCAACGUUUUAAGGGACAACACGGCACAGUGGUACGACUGGUCGUUUUACCUCGCCUGGCUGGGGGUGGCUACGUGUCUGGGCACAAUGACGCUAUUCCUGAUCGCGGCAUCCUGCCUGAGAAGGGAGCGUGCCCGCGAGCAGGCCCAGAACGUUCAGUACAUCAUGCCAGUGUACCCGCAGAAGCAGCAGUACGCGUACGCCGGAUAUCCGGCACCUGCGGCGUAUCCGGGGCCGUAUUAUCACGGUUCCCAGUACGGGCCCUACAACUACUGAAGACGCUUGACCGGUCGGCGCAUCGGUGGAAAGAAAGUAUCCCGAGCGCUUCAGCGCUCGUCGCUAACAUCGAAAAUUCGUGUCACUUGGCAGAAAGAGGAUCAAAAAUAUUUAACACGGAAUCUCAACGACGGAGAGACUCGAGCCGAGGUCGAUCCGACGAUCGUCGACCUUGGGACAUAAAUUUACCCGCAAUUAAAAAUUCGUGGCCCUGGAUAUUACGCGAGAUGUGGACACGCCACGAGAUUCCUCAAGAUAUAUGCUCUCUUUUUUUUCCGCGAUAGACCGAUCGUUUGACUCCAUCCGACCGAAAGCAAGAACCCGGGCAGCGUGAAAAUCCGAAAGACCAAGUCCGAGAGAAGCCCGAGGGGACUCUGCAAAAACGAGGGAACACCCUUCGAACUUUCCUACCGCGUCUUCUGGACGUUUGCGUUGUCCGGGAGGCCCCGACUUGCGCGAGACGGUUGCUCAAGAUACGCGUACUUACAUUUUAGGAGCGAGAUUACUUUGUAUUGUUUCCAGUUCGAUAAGUAAGAUAUCGAUCAUCCCUCAUGCAUCCUUUUCGCGCGUGCUGAUCGCGAGGGCGUAAAUUCGCGCUCGUGAAAGACACGCAUAUCGGACUCCGAUGAUCGGUUUCACCGAGCUUUCUCGAAUCCCCAUUAACGACCGUUACACCGGUGGUCCAUUUAUCACAAGAUGCCCGCAAAAAGAGAUGGCCCGACGGAAAACGCAGUCGGGCGAUCACCGGCCGCGAAUUUAACGGACGUUACUCGCCUCGAAGAAACCCGGUAAAAACAGUCGCGAGUCAUAAUUGAUUCCGAUCGAUCACGUCGAUCGAAUUUAGAUCUGCGAAGCUUGGCUCGCGUUUGACGCGCCGCGCGUUUACUAUUAUUUAUUUAACGCGAUCGAAGCUCAAGUUUCUCUCUCGAGGAGAGGACUGUCGUCGGGUUGCGCGCGAGCGAAGCGGAAAACGGCGCGAAAACAUCACGUUCGUGAACGCUCUCGGCCUCCUUGGUAGUACCAGAUAUUAGAUAAAUAUCUCGAAUAUAUGAGAGCAAGAUUUCGCGAGAAUAUCUGUACGCGAAUCUGGUUUUAACACCUGCGAGCUUGGCGGAACGAUAGAUUUCAGUUGGGAGCAAUCUAGAUACACAGUUAGGAUGUAAAAGUGAUUCGAAGGGAAACCAUGAUUAUUUUCUGCCCCUUCGAAUCACUUUGUAUUAAUUUUACUUUCAAUGAAAAUCUAUCUAGCCAAUGAUGUGCGUGCGCGAUGCAAGACUCGAAUAAAUUCUGCUUGAAAAGGUCAAAGCUACUUUCUCGGGCGUGUACAAUUUACGUAAUGUAAACGUUUAUGUAAUAUAUGGUGCUACUAGGAUCGUUACGCGAUAACGAUUCGCGAAGUUCGUCCAUCACUUAGCUCUUUUGAUAAUGUUGACUUUUGUAAGGUUCAUUACAUCGAUAUUUCUAUGUAAGACGUUUAGGAAGUAAAGGAAACUAUCUCAAUUAUUUUAUAUAUAAUAUUUCUCAGCAAAGAAACUUAAUUGGACUUGCUUUCUUUUCCUCUCUUUCUCUCUUUACAUAUUUCAUUUCUACAUGCAAAUAGAUUGUUCCACACACGAACACACACUUCUCAACUUUCUCUUUUAAUUUAUCUCUCUUUCCUCGUAGUUUAUAUUUUAUUUACUCCUUAUAAACGAGCAAGCAGCAAUAUUUUGUAAAGGAAUAUAAAGUAUAUCAUUGAUUUUUAUAAACGUAUGAAAAAAUUUUAAUGUACUAAAUUAAAUAGUUAUAUGUAAUUGCGUGAUGAAGCUAAGUAAGUUUUAAAAUAAAACGCAGAUAUAAGAAGACUAAAAUAAAAAAUAAAAUUAGCGAAAUUUAUA